GUUUAAUUUUCUCGAAAAAGAAAAUAAUCAGAAUUACCCACACCAAAUGAAAAACCGCGGGAUGCGGAGGCCGUGAACGACAAGUUGGGAAACACUGUUAGCAGCAUCGCAAGAUUCCGCCAAAAGUUCUCCUCAAUUCUUCCUUUCCGGCCACCGAUUUCGCACCAGUUCAGUUGGUUCAGCUGUAUCCUCCAAUUAAUUACUUCGAAGCUAGGACAAUGGUGGAGCGUAAACGCCAGUAGCUUGUGACACCUUUCUGUGGCUUCCAGCUAAAAUGCGCUCCAAGGAUAGGAUUUCAUACUUUUAUGAUGGGGACGUGGGAAGUGUUUACUUUGGUCCAAAUCAUCCAAUGAAGCCACAUCGGCUUUGUAUGACUCAUCAUCUUGUUCUCUCGUAUGAGCUUCACAAGAAGAUGGAAAUUUAUCGUCCCCACAAAGCAUAUCCUGUGGAACUUGCUCAGUUCCAUUCAGCUGAUUAUGUAGAAUUUCUGCACCGAAUAAAUCCAGAUACUCAACACUUGUUUGCUAAUGAGCUAUCUAAAUAUAAUCUUGGAGAGGAUUGCCCUGUCUUUGAGAACUUGUUUGAAUUCUGCCAAAUAUACGCUGGUGGAACAAUAGAUGCUGCACGCAGACUAAAUCAUCAACUAUGUGAUAUUGCAAUAAAUUGGGCAGGUGGCUUACAUCAUGCUAAAAAGUGCGAGGCUUCGGGGUUUUGCUACAUCAAUGACCUAGUUUUGGGGAUAUUAGAACUUCUAAAAUAUCAUUCUCGUGUUUUAUAUAUUGACAUAGAUGUGCAUCAUGGUGAUGGGGUAGAGGAAGCAUUUUAUUUCACUGACAGGGUGAUGACCGUUAGUUUUCACAAGUAUGGGGACUUGUUUUUCCCUGGAACCGGUGAUGUUAAGGAAAUAGGAGAAAGAGAAGGCAAGUUUUAUGCCAUUAAUGUCCCACUGAAGGAUGGAAUAGAUGAUGGUAGCUUCACCAGACUUUUCAGGACUAUUAUCUCCAAGGUUGUUGAAAUGUAUCGACCAGGUGUUAUUGUUCUCCAGUGUGGAGCUGAUUCAUUGGCUGGAGAUCGCUUAGGCUGCUUUAAUCUCUCUAUUGAUGGACAUGCUGAAUGUGUUAGAUUUGUCAAGAAAUUCAAUUUGCCAUUAUUGGUUACUGGCGGUGGAGGUUAUACCAAAGAGAAUGUAGCUAGAUGUUGGACUGUUGAAACGGGUGUUCUUCUGGAUACAGAGCUGCCUAAUGAAAUUCCAGAUAACGAGUAUAUCAAAUAUUUUUCUCCUGACCACUUGCUAAGAAUUCCAAAUGGGCAUAUGGAAAAUUUAAAUACGAAAUCUUACCUUAGCACGAUCAAAACACAAGUUUUGGAAAAUCUCCGUUUCAUCCAACAUGCUCCAGGUGUACAAAUGCAAGAGGUUCCUCCUGAUUUCUACAUUCCUGAUUUUGACGAAGAUGGGCAGAAUCCUGACGAGCGCAUGAACCGGCACACCCAAGAUAAGCAAAUCCAACGCGACGAUGAAUACUAUGAAGGAGAUAAUGAUAACGAUCACGAUAUGGAUGAUGCAUGAUGUUCAUUCUCAAUUGUUUUAAAGAAUAGAUGACUGACUUCAGUAGAACGAAUAUGUGUAAAUAGGUUGACUUGUCUAUUAUGUCUGUAGUUGAAAGAAAACAGGGUAGAGUAGUGAACGACAUUUUGGUCUUCCAUUUUAAGAAAAACGGAUAGAUUGAACAAUUUAGACACAACUUAAGGAAGUUCUUGGCUUAGAUUUUUGAGCUUUCUGAAGGUGAGUUAUGUUUAGAACAUUACGUUGUGUGGCUAAAGAAAGAACAUACUUGUUUGCUGGACAAUCAAA